CUUCGCCAAGUUGACACUGUAGUCACGACUUUUCAAAAGCACUCCUCCUCCUCUCACUCUGCCAUCAAAUUAUCUCUGAGUUUGUCACCGGAUAAACUCAUGUCGAUUGCAUCUCCGUAUUCAGCUGCACAGCUACUCGUCGCCGUUGUUUAUGCCGUUUCCAUCGCCGGCGUCGUCCAAUUAGCACUUGCACAGAAUCAGACUCGUGCUACCACUGAUCCCGACGAAGCAAGAGCAUUGAACGCCAUUUUCGAGAGAUGGGGAAUCGAAGCGCAACCGGGGCAAUGGAACAUAAGCGGCGAGCUCUGCAGUGGAUCGGCUCUGGGCUCAAGUCCCACCAUCGACGAGCAAGCUUUCAACCCUUUCAUCAAGUGCGACUGCACUUUCAAUUCCUCCACCGUUUGCCGCAUCACCGCCCUGAAAGUAUCGUCUAUGGAUAUUGCUGGUCCAAUACCUGACGAGCUGUGGAGUCUCACCUUGCUCACCAAUCUGAACUUGGGUCUGAAUUUCCUUUCUGGAACCUUGUCUCCAUCAAUUGGAAAUUUGACGCGGAUGCAGUGGCUGAAUUUGGCCACUAAUCAAUUCACCGGGCCAGUGCCUAGAGAGAUUGGGUUGCUUACCGAUUUAAGAUCAUUUGGGUUUGGAUCAAACAACUUCACAGGUUCCUUGCCAUCUGAGCUGGGGACUUUGUCGAGGCUCCAACAAAUGUAUUUUGAUAGUGCUGGAGUUAGUGGCCCAAUUCCUUCGACGUUUGCUAAUUUGACUAGGAUGGAGACUGUGUGGGGAUCAGAUAAUGCUCUUACAGGCACUAUUCCUAGUUUCAUAGGGAAUUGGAGAAGCCUUACAACUUUGAGGAUAGGUGGUAUUACUAAUGGAACCUCUUCUCUGGGAUUCAUUGGGGGUUUGACUUCCCUGUCCACCUUGGUCUUGAGAGAUAGCAGUAUAUCUGGUACAAUUCCAUCUGACAUUUGGGGUGACUAUCCGAAUUUGGGAUUUCUGUUUCUUGGGAAUAACAGCCUGAACGGUACUCUUCCUGCUCAGAAAAGUCUGUCACUUGUCAAUAUAGAUGUUUCAUACAAUAACUUGGGAGGGCCCUUACCUUCUUGGACAAAUGGAACAAAUCUUCAGCUGAAUAUAGUAUUCAACAACUUCACAAUAGAUCCUUCAAACACUAAUGGUCUGCCUUCUGGGAUUCAUUGCCUUCAACAAGGGUUCCCCUGCAACAGAAAUAAUCCAAUCUAUUCCCAAUUUUCAGUGAAGUGUGGUGGUCCAGCCAUUACAACCGCUAGUCCACGGCUGACCUACGAAAGGGACAAUGAGACUCUUGGUCCUGCAACAUAUUUUGUGACAGGAACAAACAGAUGGGGAGUCAGUAACGUGGGCUUGUUUGCAGGAAACAACAAUCCUCAGUACACAAGAUUUUCAUCCUCUCAGUUCACCAACACUCUAGACCCAGAGCUGUUUCAGACGGCACGUCUCUCUGCUUCAUCUCUGAGAUACUAUGGCAUGGGGCUGGAGAAUGGUAACUACAACGUCACACUUCAGUUUGCUGAGACCACCAUUGAGAACGGUAACACUUGGAGGAGUCUCGGAAGAAGGAUGUUUGAUGUCUAUAUCCAGGGAACUCGUGUUUUGAGGGAUUUCGACAUAAGAAGUGCAGCAGGAGGAGUCUCAACCCGUGCUGUUCAGAGGCAGUUUACAGUCCGGGUUUCAGAGAAUUAUAUGGACAUCCAUUUGUACUGGGCUGGAAAAGGUACUUGUUGCAUUCCUGCACAAGGUGUAUAUGGCCCUUCUAUUUCAGCAAUCAGUGCUCUCCCAGAUUUCGUACCAACUGUUACUGACAUUCCUCCAAGCACAGACAGUGGUGGAAAUGAUAACAAGACGGGGAUGAUCGUUGGGAUUAUCAUAGGUGUCUUGGUUCCAUGCUCGAUAUUAGCUAUUGUAAUGAUCGUUAUUAUUCGGAGAAAGAGAAGGCAAAGAGCCUUCGAAGAUGAAGAGCUCCAAGGGAUAGAUAACAGACCUUACACUUUCAGUUACGCCGAGCUGAGGGGGGCCACACAUGACUUCAGUCCUUCAAACAAGCUUGGAGAAGGAGGAUUUGGACCCGUUUACAUGGGAAAGCUUGAUGAUGGUAGAGUAAUUGCAGUGAAGCAGUUGUCAGUUCAAUCUCACCAAGGAAAGAGCCAGUUUAUCACAGAGAUUGCCACUAUAUCUGCCGUGCAGCAUCGCAACCUCGUGAAGCUGUAUGGAUGCUGCAUUGAGGGAGAAAACAGGCUUCUCGUCUAUGAAUAUCUCGAGAACAAAAGUCUCGACAAAGCACUCUUUGGUGAAAGCAGCCUGAACCUCGACUGGCCGACUCGUUACGAUGUCUGCUUGGGAGUCGCGAGGGGUCUAGCAUAUCUCCAUGAAGAGUCAAGGCUGAGAAUCGUGCAUAGAGACGUGAAAGCCAGCAACAUCUUGCUUGAUUCAGAGCUGGUCCCCAAGAUCUCUGAUUUUGGGUUGGCUAAACUCUAUGAUGAUAAGAAGACGCACAUCAGCACCCGUGUUGCAGGAACAAUAGGAUAUCUAGCUCCUGAAUACGCCAUGCGUGGACACCUUACGGAGAAAGCUGAUGUCUUUGCCUUUGGAGUGGUAGCUCUGGAGGUUGUAAGCGGGAGGCCUAAUUCAGACCCAACUUUGAAUGACGAAAAGAUGUACCUUCUUGAAUGGGCCUGGUACCUACACGAAAACAACCGGGAAGUAGAGCUUGCAGACUCCAGGCUCUCCGAAUUUGACGAAGAAGAACUGAAACGCUUCGUAGGAAUCGCUCUCCUCUGCACGCAAGCUUCCCCUUCGCUGAGGCCAUCGAUGUCCCGGGUUGUGGCAAUGCUAUCAGGCGACAUCGAAGUGAGCACUGUUACAUCUAGGCCCGGAUAUCUAACCGAUUGGAGGUACGACGAUACGACUGGCAGCUUCAUGAGCGACAUUGCGACCAAAGGCACUACAGAUACCAGCCAUUACACUUCAUCCACGAGCACAUCCAUGGUGGCCGAUCCCGAGGUUUCUCCACACAAUGCCUCGAAGCCCAUGCUUCAUGGGAUCAUUGGAGAAGAAACCUUCGGCGGCUCCCCCACCGUCCCGCGUGCCGCUCCGACCCUUCUCCGGCAGUUCCCGUCCCCGAGGCUCCUUCUUCUCGGGCAGUUCAUCGGCGGUCCCUCGACCUUCUUCCCCUGUAGCCAGGAACCAGAGAUGGAUCCUACGAGUUUCACUCCACCACGAGGAGUGAAUCCCGGGCCAAUCGAUAAAUCUGUACUUUGGGCAGGUGACCAUCGUUGUGAACGUGUUUGGCUUAACCAGAUGCUAGGAAGUUUCAAAUUACGGGAUCAGGCGAUAGUGAAGUAUGAUGAUCGAUACCAAGAUGCUUUAGAAAGCAUCGGGUUUGCUAGUAUUAAACCGAUCUCGAAGAUUCAUCUCGAUGCUGCGUUGAUCACUGCAGUUGUUGAGAGGUGGCGUCCAGAAACGUCCACGUUCCACUUUCGUACGGGAGAGUGUACUAUUUCUCUUCAAGAUGUAGAGAUGAUUCUAGGGCUGAGAGUUGAGGGGUUGCCAGUAACCACGAAAACAGACAAAUCUCAAACAAAUUCAGUGCAGAAGAUGUGUGAAGAGUGUUUGGGAGUGAAUCCUGGGGGCAGUAAUCUUGAGGGCACUAGACUAAACAUGAAGUGGUUACGUCAUGCGUUUGACUCUCUUCCUGAAGAUGCUGGAAAAGCUGAUGUGGAUAGAUAUGCUCUUGCUUACAUGUUAUCACUAAUCGGGGGGGUUUUAUUUCCCAAUCGUUCGGGAGCAAAUGUGACUUGCAACUACUUGUGGAUCUUGAGGAACUGGGAUUUGGCAUGUAGGUGCUCAUGGGGGUCCGCAGUCCUUUCUAAUACGUACCACGAGAUGGGCAGAACCGUCCUUGGCUAUGGAUCAACCGGUGGUAAUACUUGUGGGGAUUUGGCUGGAUGUUACAUCCUGAUUCAGUUAUGGGCGUGGCAAAGAUUACCAAGUAUUGCUCCUAUUCCUGUUCUGCCCUAUAGUCCCGCCUCACCGUUUGGACUAAGAUGGACCAAUCCGAAGAAAGCUGCACCAAAAAUGCAUGUAAGGGAUCAUCGAAGAUUCCUUGACACAACUGAUGAUUUUGUGUGGAAUCCAUAUAUGUUAGAAGAGCAUCAGUUCAGAACCAUUUGGGUAUGUGUCACUCCACUGAUAUGCUUCCACAGCGUCGCAUGGCACCAUCCAGAUCGUGUAAUGCGUCAGUUCAACCUUUUGCAACACAUCCCAACUGUGGUGGAGACGAAGAAUGAAGUAGAGACACUAUUGAAAAAAGAUAACCGUGCACAAGAGAAUGAUUGGCCGGAGCACCAUUCCUUGUACAUCCAGUAUUGGGAAGAGAUUGAAGAACAUAGAAUUUGUGGUGAUCCAAUCCCUAGACACAGUAUGCAUUAUCAUGCCGCUUACAUGGAGUGGUAUAGGCAUAUUACACGACGGUUCAUCACAUACGAUGCUGGCCAACUUGAAACCAUGAAUGAUAUACUGGAACAUGCACGCCAGUUUACAAGGUCGGGAGAUCCUUUAAAUGCAGCUACUGUCCAAAGUCUGGAUCAACUCCUGAAGAAUUGCAUGUUGGUUGGUGAUGGAGAUGCACGGGAACUUGGGGGCAUAUUACUAGACGAAGCACCACAUCGACAGGGGUAUCUAGUUUACCCAGAUUAUGUGCCACCUGCACAACAAGAAAGAAGACAACAAAAGAGGAGAGCUUGUGGUCGAGCUAACGAGGAACAUGAACAACAACUACAAAUACCGGAGCCUCUGCAAGUUUCAUCUUCUGGUCAUGGAUCUAGUAGGGGAAACUGCGAGCCAACUCAACCAUCUGCUCAUCAUGCAACAAGCAUUCCAGAAAAUCAUGGUGGAUUUGGAAGUCAAAGUCAGCAUGUGACUCCCUCUCCAACUUCUCAACUUUGUUCGCUGCCAGGAGGUGGACAUGGUGGAUCUGGAUUUUCUCAGGUUGUUUCUACUCAUUCCCAGGAAACGGGUGGGUUCAGUUCUCGUAUAGUGCGACACCGAUCACAAGAACCAGCGCUUGGACGGCCCUCUAACGUUGAUUCUGUCAAUGAAGUCUCGACCGGUACCCCUGAUCAGCCCCUUCUUGGAGGUGGACAUGGUGGCUCUGAAUUUUCUCAGUUUGGCUCUACCGAUUCCCAGGGGACGGGUGGGUUCAGUUCUCCUACAGUGCAACACCGAUCACAAGAAGCAGUGCUUGGACGGCCCUCUAACGUUGAUUCUGGCAACGAAGACUCGACCGGUACCCCUGAUCAACCCCUUCUUGGAGGUCACGGUCGAGGCAAAGCAGUAGUCAACGAGGGCGGCAGCCAGCGAGAUUUUAGGUUGCGACCACUGACCAAUUUACCAUCCAUUCUUCGCCGUCGCACACGCUGACACCAUCCCCCUCUGAGGUGACCAUCACCCUUGGUAGGCAUUAGUCUGUUAAUAUAUGUAGUAGGCUUGAGUCUCUGUUAAAAUAUGUAUUGGCUGUGAUGGGAGAUUUCUGUGGACUGUGGACAUGUUCCAAAACUAUAGUGACUAACAAACCCAACCCAUCAAGCCUAAGUCAGUCAAGAGAAUGCUAGCUUAAAUCAGCAGAACAUUGGGGGGAAAAGUCCAUCUUGCAGGAAAACAAUGGGGAAGGGGAGCUGGCUAAUUCCAGGCUCUCUGAAUUCAACCCAGAAGAACCGAAACGCUUCGGCCAUCGAUGUCCCCAGUUGCAGCGACGCUAUCAGGCGACAUUGAAUUGAGCACAGUUACAAAUUGUCUCGGAUGUCUAUUCAAAAUGUAUCCCUUGCUGCAAUUGGAAAUAUUAGAA